AUGCCUUCUAUGAAAGUUGAAGGAGAUAGUGAUGGGGACGGAGAUAUGUCUGGUGGGGACACUGAAAGAUCUGGAGGAUCUUCUAGGGGUCCAGAUCGUGACUCUAGCGCUGAGGAGGCUGAUGAACCGGACUCCGAUGACUCCUCGGAGAUGGAUGAAAGCGAAUGUGAGAGGCGACGAAACGAGUGCCUCGAUAAUUUAGCAAACCUGGAGCGACAAUUCACGGUGCUCCGUGAGCAGCUAUACAAUGAGAGGGUUAAGCAUGUGGAGUACCAGCUAGCGGAGGUGCGCGGUGGACGAUCCCAAGAGUACCUCGGGCCUUUAAGAAGGCUUCAAGAGAACAUGCGUGUGAGGAUCGAAGUGGCUGGUAUCCUGAAGCAGAUGCGUAUAGAGAACAUCAAGCACAUAUACGACGCUGAGGAGCAGGCGGCGCAACAGCAUUUCAAGGUCAGUGCUGAUCUCUAUCGAAGAGCAUCUGUC